UACCCAGCCAGUGUUGUACGUGAGAGAGUGGAGCCACUCCGUUUCCUCCAAGCAGAGAGCGAAAGACAGGGAGGGAAGAGAGGCAGGAGGACCGGAGCGCCGACAUCGGCGGUAUGAAGCGAGUGUAGCAUCUUAGCGCCCGUGCCAGAAAUUCAGAUUGUUUAGCUACAAUAUUUUUUUUGCGUUUAAAAUUCAGUUUGGAGCUGAAUCGGAGACUAUGGAACUGACUGUAUCCAGAGUGCUGAUUUCCAUUGCGCAGCUCCUGGUUUUCUGCCAGAUAGUGGCCUUGACAGAGGCGUACUUCAAGGCCCAGAGAAAAUUCACAGACGACAUCGACUGGUCCUACACAGGCCAGUUGAACCAGAAGAUCUGGGGUAAGAGGUACCCGGCGUGCAACAAUGCCCGUCAGUCACCCAUCGACAUCGAUGAGACGUUCACCCAGGUCCGGGUGGAGUACCAGGGCCUGCAGCUGGAGGGCUGGGAGAAGAACACCCCAGAGACCACCACCAUCAGCAACGACGGCAACACAGUGGUGCUAGGCCUGGACGGGGAGUACUAUGUGAGUGGCGGUGGUCUGAGUACCAGGUUCAGGUUGGGGAGGAUGACGUUCCACUGGGGCCGCUGCAACGCCUCCUCAGACGGAUCAGAACACAGCCUUAACGGACUCAAGUUCCCCCUGGAGGUGCAGAUCUUCUGUUAUGAGUCCGACCUGUACCGGUCUAUAGACGACGCGGUGAAGGAUGGAGGGAGGAUCGCAGCGCUGGCCGUCCUGUUUGAGACCAGCCUGGAUAACAAUGACAACUACAACACCAUCAUAGAAGGUGUCAACAGCGUCAGCAGGUUUGGUAAGACUGAGAAUGUUGAGCCCUUCUCUCUGCUGGCCCUGCUCCCUAACUCUACUGAUAAAUAUUACAUGUACAACGGUUCCCUCACCUCCCCGCCCUGCUCUGAGACGGUGGAGUGGAUCGUCUUCAAACACCCCGUGCCCAUCUCUGAGACACAGUUGGAGGUGUUCUGUGAGGUGAUGACCAUGCAGCAGGCAGGCUAUGUGAUGCUGAUGGACUAUCUGCAGAACAACUUCAGGGAGCAGCAGCAGCAGUUCUUGGGCCAGGUCUUCUCCUCCUACACUGGAACAGAGGAGGUCCUCACUCCCAGGACAGAGGAUGUUCUCAUUUAUAUGUGCAGCUCGGAACCUCAGAACAUGCAGGCGGAUGCCCAGAACGACACUACCAUCAUGGUGAUGUGGGAGCGCCCCCGUGUGGUGUAUGACACCACCAUCGACUGGUACUCUGUCACCUACCAGCGGCUGCAGGACCAGAACCAGCCCAAACACGAGUACCGCACCGACGGAGACCAGGACGUGGGGGCCAUCAUCCCCGGUCUCCUGUCCAACAGCAGCUAUGUGGUCCAGGUGGUAGCUGUCUGCACCAAUGGCCUGAUGGGACGCUGGAGUGACCAGAUUAUAGUGGACAUGCCUCAGGAGGACCCGGAAUUUGAGUCUGAUCCAGACAAUACAGAACCUGAGAAUAUAUUGGAACCAGUAGAUAUAUUAGAACCAGUAGACCAGAACCUAGUAGAAGAGAGCAGAACCAGAGAGGAUCGCCAGCAGAUUUUCCCUGACCAGCCCUCCACCACUGCUGCAUCUCAGGUGAGCUCUGUGCCGGUACCACCAGGGACCAGAGAUGACCAGAACCGGAUCGACCAGAACCCUGUGAACCAGUCCAGGGUGGACAAACCCAAGAAGGACCAGACCAGGAAGGACAAGAAGAAGCAGCGUAUCCCUCCGCACCGCCCCUUCACCAGCGCCGCCUCCAACGGCAAGAGUGCCACCUGGGUCACCAUGGUGACCGACCAGCCGGGCUUCCUGAUUCCCAUCUCCCGGACGACCAGCCCGGCUCCUGUCCGCCAGAAAAUCACAGAGGAGGCCUCAUUGUCGUGGUCGCCUCAGCAGAGCCGGAGCCAAAACCGUGGUUCCGCUGCCCAGAAACCUGUCAUUUCCGGCAUCGGCCUGCUACCCCCAGAGAGCGAUAUGUACACCCCUCCGGCGGGGGGCAUGGUGGUCACUGAUGUUUACUACAAGGACGUUGUCAACACCACUGCCUUAGAGUUCGCAACUACGCCAUCUAAAACAACACUGAACAAAACACUGGAUGAUAGAGUUCUCAGUACUGUUACUGCCAGACCUAAAGUCACAAUGAAAGGACAGGACAGGGGCUUGGUUUUGACCUCCAGGCUGUCUGAUAACAGAGUUAGCACAGUGACAAGGGCCACCCCUAUUCAACAGACCCCGGCUUCUGUAACCUCAACCCCCUCUGUGCCCUGGAUCAGAUCCAGGACCUCAAGUCCCAGCAACUCCCUCUCCACGGCCUACGGCUCCUCCACUACCUCCGGCCUCGUCAAGGUCUUACAGCACACCACCCAGCCCAUAUUCACUGAGAUCAGUAACAGCAGCCAUGAGUCAAGGGUAGAAAUGGUGGGAAGUGUUGCUGAGAGGGAGAGGAGGACAGUGGUCCCUCUGGCUGUGGUAUCCACCCUCACAAUUAUCUGUCUACUGGUCCUGGUGGGCAUCCUCAUCUACUGGAGAAACUGCUUCCAGACGGUUGACUUCUUCACUGAAGACACCGCCUCACCCAAAGUCAUCUCUGCUUUGUCUUCACCUCUGCUGCUCGCCACAGGUAACACUCCCACACACACACCACACACAUCGUCCAUUCAUUCAUUCCUGUCUGUGUUUUCAGAAGAGCACGAGGCGCUGUCAGUGAAGCAGUUUGUGAAGCACGUGGCAGAGCUCCACCAGACCAACACCUUCUCCAAGGAGUUUGAGAUUGUGACAGAGUGUUAUGAGGAGGUGCAGUCGUGCACGGUGGAGAUGGGCAUCACCACUGACAGCUCCAACCACCCAGACAACAAGAACAAGAACCGAUACAUCAACAUCAUGGCCUAUGACCACAGCAGAGUCAAACUGCUGGAAGAGGGAAAAGGUGGAGACUACAUCAAUGCUAACUUUGUAGAUGGUUUUGAGCGUACAAGAGCCUACAUCGCAGCCCAGGGCCCCCUGAAGUCUGGAACAGAGGACUUCUGGAGGAUGGUGUGGCAGGAGAAUGUUGGAGUCAUCAUCAUGAUCACCAACCUGUUGGAGAAGGGGCGGAGGAAGUGUGACCAGUACUGGCCAAUGGAGAACCAGGAGGUGUACGGUUAUUUCCUGGUGACCCUAAAAGACACCAAGACCCUGGCCUACUAUACCCGGAGAACCUUUACCGUCAGAGACACCUCACAAAAGGCUUCCCAGCGGGGAUAUUGUGCUGAGAGGACGGUGGUCCAGUACCACUACACCCAGUGGCCUGACAUGGGCGUGCCUGAAUACACCCUGCCUGUCAUCUCCUUCGUACGGGCCUCGUCCCAGGCCAGGACUCAGGACAUGGGCCCCGUCCUUGUACACUGCAGUGCUGGUGUGGGGAGGACAGGGACCUACAUCGUGCUGGACAGUAUGCUGCAACAGAUCCAGGACCAGGGAACAGUCAACAUACUGGGCUUCCUCAAACACGUCAGAACACAGAGGAACUACCUGGUACAGACGGAGGAACAGUAUGUGUUUAUCCAUGAUGCCCUGGUGGAGGCCAUCGUCAGCAGGGACACUCUGGUGACCUCUGACCUGGUCCACUCCUACGUCUCGGACCUGCUGACCACUGGGCCCUCCGGGAGGACACGCAUGGAGAGACAGUUCAAGCUGGUGAGUCAGCGCAGAGCCAGACAGGCUGACUACGCCGCUGCCCUGAGAGAAGGAAACGCUGACAAAAACAGGACCUCCUCUCUCAUGCCGGUGGAGAGAUCCAGAGUGUGUCUGUCAUGUCCAGUGGAAGGAGAAUCUUCAGACUACAUCAACGCUUCCUAUAUCAUGGGUUACCACAAGAGCAGGGAAUUUAUCCUGACCCAGUCUCCUCUCCCCUCCACUGUCUCUGACUUCUGGAGAAUGGUCUGGGACCACAACUCACAGCUCAUCAUCUCCCUGCCUGACACACACACAGCACAGAGUGAGGGGGAGGAGUCUUGUGUGUACUGGCCCAGUAAGGAUCAGCCAAUCAGCUGUGAGGGUUUCAUAGUGUCGUUCUCUGGAGAGGACCACAUCUGUCUGGCCAACGAGGAGAGACUGGUGGUCCACGACUUCUUACUGGAGGCCACACAGGAUAACUAUGUCCUGGAGGUGCGUCAGUACAUGUCCCCCUGCUGGCCCAACCCAGACAGCCCCGUCAGCAGCACCUUCCAGCUGCUCAACAUGAUCACAGAGGACAGCAGACGGAGAGAAGGAACCAUAGUCGUACAUGAUCGGCUGGGUGGCUCGAUGGCGGGGCUGUUCUGUGCCCUCACCACCCUGGCACAGCAGCUGGAGCAGCAGGGCUCUGUGGAUGUGUACCAGGUGGCUCGCAUGACUAACCUCAUGAGGCCUGGUGUCUUCAACGACAUGGAGCAGUACCAGUUCAUGUACAGGGCCGUGUUGAGUCUGGUGGACAGCCAGGAAGACCAGAGGGCCCUACGGUCCCCUGAGACCAACGGUUCUGUCCCUCUGGGGGCCACCACUGCAGCAGAGAGCCUGGAGUCCCUCAUGUAACCUCUCACACACAGACACACUACAAGGAGCACCACACGCUCUGAGAGAUACACUGUGCUCUAUGCGGAGAGAGAGAGAGACCUUUUUUUGUACCAGUCGUUUGCAACGUGAGCUAGCAAAUUGUGAGUAAUAGGCUUAGCUAGCUACAAAAUACAUGAGAUUACGCAUCCAAUUAUCAGAAUAAAACAUACUGUUUUGCAUGUAUGACCACACAUUGUAACUGGCUGCUAGGGGGUCUGGUAUUCUGUGCCUUUUGUAAUUCAUGUUGUACUUUAAAACUGUUUUGAUACUAUGUCUUUGUGACUAAUGCCAAAUGUUCUGUACUCUUGUUUUUUUUGUUGAAAGUUUGUUAAAGUUUUUGAGUUAGUUAAAUGAAAUAUCUAUCCAUUUGAAAUGUCUUAUUUGUAUGUAAUUACUUAAAAGGGAUAAAUGUCCUUCCUAUAUUCUGUCAUUCUAUCUACUGUAUGCUUCUUCUUGCUCUUGUGGAUGACUUGUGUAAAUACUGGUGUCAAACUUGUACAAUAAGAGAUGUUCUGUUGGAAAGGUGAAAUUCUGUAAUAUUAUGUAAAUAAUAAUAAUUGACCACUUUCAAAAGGCCAAAUCUAUUUAUACCUCUAGAUUUGAUAUUUUACUAUGAAGUUGGCUUUCUAGCCAUUUACAAACGCUAUUACUGUUUUUUUCGUCUCGUUUUCUUUGGGGGGGAGGGUAUUACUGUGUUGAUAAUUUAGUUCAAAUAUCGAUAAUGCUUAUUUGUUAUGUUUUGAUCUUUUUUUAACAUAAAGUUUGGACUUUUCAGUAGUCAUAAGGUUAUUAUAAACAGCACUGUAUAGUUGAACAGGAUGAGUAAAGAUGUUCUCUAAACCUUAA